GAAGUUACCUGAGUAACCCCCAACCAAUCUACUAGACCUAUUCUUUCGACCACAUCAAUCUACCAACUCCAUAACGACUCGCUUGCUUGACAUAACGCUUGCCCAAUAUGGGCCUCUCACCAAAGGAUUCGGUGCAGCUCAAGGAGGCUCUGCAGAUAGCAGUGGUGAAGUGCUCCGAAAGAUGCCUUUACCAGUCAGCGAAAUGGGCCGCCGAGAUCCUUGAUGCCCUCCCGGAACCCGACCUUGAUACCAUGUCGGAAGCACCAGGAAACCCUGUACAUCCCGUCUUCGCGCCAAAUCCCGACCCGGUCGAGGCCGAACGAGAGGCCCAGGAGCUCGGCCAGUACCUGCUCGCAAAGUCGUACUUUGAUUGCAAGGAGUUCGAACGAUGCGCUACCGUUUUCCUCCCGGAGCCGCUGCUGGCCAGUCUCUUGGGGACCAACCCGAACGAGGCCACAAACCCGAAGGGCAAGGGCAAAGCCAAAGCGAUGACCGCGUCCUCGCCCGAAAACCCCUUACCUGCGAUUAGUCAAAAGAGCAUGUUCUUGGCCCUGUACGCCAAAAUCAUAGCGGGAGAAAAGCACAAGGAUGAGGACACGGAGAUGAUUAUGGGACCCCAGGACUCGGGGUCCGUCAUCAACAAGCAACUCGUCAUCGUCAGCCGCUUUCUCACCAAGUGGUUUGCCCAACGAAAAGCCGAGGACGGUGACUAUCCGGCCAGCCAAGGAUUUCUCGAGUAUCUGUACGGCAUGGUCCUAGCAAAGGAGAAGAAUGACAAUCUGGCCUUGGAUUAUCUGGUACAGAGCGUGCAUUUGUUCCCCUGGAACUGGGGCGCUUGGUUGGAGAUUACAAACCUCGUCUCGAGGGUCGAGCAGUUAACCAAAGUAGCUGGUCAUCUACCACAAAACAUCAUGUCUUAUAUUUUCCACGCGAACGCUUCAGUCAACCUCUACCAGCAGGGGCCAGAACUUGCUUCCUCGUUAAACGACCUCCUCGGCAUAUUUCCCACCUCGUCCUUUCUCCUCACCUGCAAGGCAUUGUUGUGUUACCACUCCAAAGACUUGUUCGCCGCCGAACAGGAAUUCAACAAGGUGUUGGCCCUCCACCCGCAACGACUCGACUCGCUCGACCACUACUCCAACAUCCUGUACGUUUUAAACCGGCGUCCCAAACUCGCUUUCCUGGCCCACCUCUGUUCCAACAUCGACAAGUUCCGACCGGAGUCCUGCGUCGUGAUUGGAAACUACUACUCGUUGCUCUCGCUCCAUGAGAAGGCAGUGCAAUAUUUUCGCCGAGCUCUUACCCUCGACCGCUCCUGCCUCUCGGCGUGGACGCUCAUGGGUCACGAAUACGUCGAGCUCAAAAACACCCAUGCGGCCAUCGAGUCGUACCGUCGGGCAGUCGAUGUCAACCGGCGGGACUACCGCGCCUGGUACGGCCUUGGCCAAACGUACGAGGUACUCGAGAUGCACGCCUACGCGCUCUGGUAUUAUAAGAAGGCCGCGGGCCUUCGGCCGUGGGACUCCAAGAUGUGGCAGGCUGUCGGCUCGUGUCUGCAGAAGAUGGGCCGCGACCGUGACGGCAUCAAGGCGUUGAAGCGCGCCCUGCUGGCCGACAGCUACUACGACACCACGGCCGCGAGCAGCUUUGGAAGUGCCGGCGCCGUCGACCGGAUGUCACAGAUGGACCCGGAGGUGCUGCUACAGAUCGCCACCAUGUACGACCGCCUCGACGAAGUGGACGAGGCCAAGGCAUACAUGGAGCUCUGCCUGGCACAGGAAGAAGGUGCCGCGGGUGCCGACGAUGGCGGCGGCGGUCCCUCGCUGGGCGACUCGAUCGCCAUUCACAACGACGCGACUGGGUCGGAUGCCGAAGGCGACGGAGCCGACGGCGGGGCCGGUCCCGACGGCGGCACGGGCGUGACGUUCGCAACCAGCAAAGCGCGCAUGUGGCUGGCGCGGCACGCGAUGCGGGCCGACGACUUCGACACGGCCAACCGGCUCGCCAUGGAGCUCUGCCAGGACGGCAUCGAGGUGGAGGAGGCCAAGGCGCUCAUGCGCGAGGCCCGCUCGAGGAUGGAGCUCGCGGACAUGGUGGAGCGCUAGAGGUCGCUGCCGCUUUCCAGAGCGCGCGUCCCCAACCAGCACCAGUGGCCAGAGUUCGCCGAGGAGCCCCCUAAGGGCGGGAGGAGGGAGUGGUCGCG